AUGCUGGUCAGCAUAUGCGAUUACGAUGAGCUGGUUGUUGGUAAGGUCAAUCACUUCAAGUUUGUCGACGUCGUUGUUUGCAAUCUGUAUCCGUUCCGUGCCACUAUCGCCAAUCCCAGCUGCACCUUGGAGGAAGCCAUAGAGAACAUCGAUAUCGGUGGUGUGACACUGCUAAGAGCGGCAGCAAAGAAUCACGCUCGAGUUACGGUGCUGUGUGAUCCCAAGGAUUACGAACGAAUUCUCAAACAGGCAGGUUUCUGCUUAUGUUGUGAAGUUUGCAGCUGA